AAAUCAUAUUUGUUCAUGUCUUUUUAUCAUUAAGGGCAGCUGACACACUUGCAAGAUGAAAGUAUUGGUUAUCAUUCUGUUCCUGCUGUGCUGUGUCAGUCCUUUAAAAGCGGUCACCAUUGAGUCAUGUCCAUUGGCCAUCGGGAGCUUGCUAAAGACAGAGGUUGAGGAAACUGUCACCCUAACUUGUAAGACUGAUGAAAGUAUUGACCCAUCCAACUACGAACUGCAGUGGUACCGCAAUGGAGCCCAGGUGAAUCUGGCAGAAGAGAACCGCCUGUCCCGGAGUAAUCUUUGUGUACAGUCUGUCACUAAAGAGGACAAUGGAGUCGUCUUUACCUGUCAGCUGAAGGGUGACGCAAGUGUGAAUGGCUCCAUCGAGUUCGACGUCCAUUACCCUCCAGACCUUAAUGACACGAAAGAAGUGUUUGUUGAGGAAAAAGAUGAUGUUGUUCUGUCCUGUGAUGUACGUGCCAACCCUCCUGUAGCUCUGGUUUGGAAAAGGGAUGGUGAAGUUCUGGAUCUGACCACAGGUAGUUACAUAACGACCAAUAAUGGCAUUACCGCUGAGUUGUCAAUCCGAAAAGCUGAGCGGGAUGUACAUCAAGGAACGUACAUCUGUGAGGUAACCUCACCCGUCUAUGGAAUUGCGAUCAGGACUUUUACAGUUACGGUUGAAGAUAGAGUCCUAAAGUUCCCUCUAGGACCCACGAUUGCUGGAGUGGUGGUGGUUUUAUGCACAAUUGUAUUAGCACUCAUCUCUAGGAGGGAUAAAAUUAUUAAGUGCUGCAAACGAAAUUGAACAUCUCCACAUGGAAUUGCAUCUCAGGCAUUCUAACCACAGAGACAUUGAGCAUUGAGGAGAACAGACUGGAAUUCAAGUAGCCAUUACUGUACUGGCAAAUGGGAUGGAACCAGGAUGGAAUCCCUCUUAAAUAUGAAUUACUAAUUCAAAAAGAUCUUAUUAGUUUCCUGCUUAGCCUGUUUGUUUUGUUAUUGUUAAAUUAUAAGGUGAAAAUAUGUCUGUCAAACAACUCUUUGUACUUGUGAAUUUUUUAGAUGAUUUCCUUGUGUGUUUCUCCCCAUUCUAAUGUUGUUGAGCAAGUACCUUGUCUCUGAGCCAGCAAAGACACAGCCACUCCUAGAACAUUGAUGGCUUUUGUUGGAGAUACAGUAAAAUAAAGUCAUUAAAGUGAA